AUGUUCCCACCUGAGCACGAGCGCGAGGAUGGCAAAGAUUACUCUAAAGGAUACCAGACCUAUGGCUUUGCGGCGCCUUUCACCAAAGCCCAGGAAAAGUUUGCUGCAACUGUUGAUGUUUCUUAG